AUGGACGACUUUAUCGAUGAGCAGCAAAAUGUGGAGUACGUUCCUGCAUUGGCUUCGACAAGUGCAACGUCAACGCGUGAGACACGGCAACAAGCAGAAGAUAGACGGUGUACUAAGCCCACGGAUGCUUCAAAAUCUAAAAGAGCCAGGUCAGUGGGUAGCGCGUCAUCAAGAAGUAGUAGUAGUUCAAGUUUGUCUACAUCAUCUUCCGAUGCAAAAGCAAAACGAUCUCGUCGCCGUAAACGCAAGCAUGGUAAAAAAAGGAAGGGAGGAAAAAAUAGUUAUGAUAAGAACCGCCUGGAUAAAUUAACGCAGGAUAUAGACGAACUGCGCCGACAUUUAAAUUUUAGUGCUCCUAGCAACGAACAAAGUUCUUACAAUGACCAAGAACCAAUUUGUAGAUUUAGAAACAAACGAUGA